AUUUAUAUCUCAAAGAUCCACCAUAAUUAAAAACUCAAAACCAAAAACCAAACACAGAACCACAGCCUGUACCUGUCCCUACUAAAACCUGAAUUCCCAAAAUGGUACAGCGGCCCUAUAAUCUAAUAUUCCAUUUCCAUUUGAGACAGUAACUUUUAAAUACCAUUCUUAGAGAAAAACAGAGACCACGUACAAUUCAACUGGGGUGCUUUACCAGUGAAAGCCAAACAAAAGAGCAACACUUAUUACAGCAUGAAAUACAUUUAGCCAAGUGUUAAAUUUUCAGUACCAUAACUACGCAAAAAAGUAUGCUUUGGGUACAAAUGAGAAAUUUCCACCGGAAAAGGAGUCUCCGGAGUUUCGGAUUCGCUGCUUUCCAAGACACAUUCAAAGAUAAACUAGCAAGCAACCAAAUAAUUCAGGAUCAUUUGAGACUACCUAUCCAAUGUUUGACAAAAUGCCUCGACGAUGAUACCUUGAAUGCUAGGCUUACUCAGGUGAGUGCUGAUACUUAUUCUCGUCUACUGCUGGAUUGUGUUAGAAGAAGAUGCCUGAGAGAAGGAAUGACUGUCCAUGGUCAAUUGAUCAAAGUUGGAUUUGAACCCUAUACCUAUGUAUUAAACUGUUUAAUUGACAUGUAUGUCAAAUGUGGAAGAAUGGAUGAUGCACGCCAAGUUUUCGAAAACAUGCCAAUACGAGAUUUCUGUUCAUGGACCACUGUUCUUUCUGGGUAUGCUAAUUCUGGCCAUAUGGAUUAUGCAAGGGAAUUGUUUAACAAAAUGCCUAAACGAAAUGUGGUUUCCUGGAAUGCAAUGAUUGCAGGGUAUGCGCGAGAGGGGUUUGGUAAGGAGAAUGCAUUGAAUCUGUACUGCCAAAUGCAAAGGAUGGGCUUUAAACCUGAUGGCUUUACCUUUGCUAGUGUUUUGAGUGUGUGUGCAAGUUUGAGAGCUUUGGGGUAUGGAGAGGAGGUUCAUGUUCAGAUCAUUAAAAUUGGUAUGAAAUUCGAUGUGUUUGUGGGGACCGCUGUCGUUGAUAUGUAUGCUAAAUGUGGGAAUAUAGAGAUCGCACGCCAAGUGUUUGAUGAAAUGCCAGUUCGAAAUGUUGUUUCUUGGACUGCAAUGAUUACUGGAUAUGCACAUAAUGGGCGACCUGAGGAAGCUGCAAAUUUUUUUCAUCAAAUUCAUUGUGCAGGUAUGAAACCAAACAGGUUGACAUUUGUUGGUGUUAUAAGUGCAUGUGCUAUUUUAGUGGACUUGGAUUUUGGGUUACAGGUUCUUACACAAGUUGUAAAAAGUGGAUUUGAAUUGGAUGUUUCUGUGUGCAAUGCAAUUGUCACAAUGUAUGGUAAAUGUGGGAGCAUAAGGGACGCGCGUUACUUGUUUGAUAAAAUGCUGGAACGAGACUUAGUUUCAUGGAAUGCAAUGAUUGCAGGAUAUGCUCAGAAUGACUACGGUGAGGAGGCCUUAAAGCUUGGCUUCCAAAUGCAGUGGGCGGGUGUGAAGCCGAAUCAGUUCACUUAUGCCAGCAUUCUCAGUGUAUGUUCCAGUUUACUGGCCUUUGAGGAAGGCAAACAACUUCAUGGCAAAAUUACGAAAGUUGGUUUUGAGUCAAAUGUCUUUGUUGCAAGUUCUCUUGUUGAUUUAUAUGGUAAAUCUGGAAACACAGAUUAUGCCCGAUGCUUGUUUGAAAAAGCGCCGCGACGAGAUGCAAUCUCUUACAAUGCACUGAUUGCAGGGUAUGUGCAAGGUGGACAUGAUGAGGCGGCUCUCAAACUGUUUUUCAAAAUGCAACAGACUGAUUUGAAGCCAGAUGAGGUUACUUUUGCAAGUGUUGUCAGUGCAUGUGCUAGUCUAGCUAUCCUAGAAUAUGGCAGACACAUCCAUUCACACAUAAUCAGCAUUGGAUUCAUAUCACACAUAAAUGUGGCCAAUUCCCUGGUUACAAUGUAUGCCAGAUGUGGAAGCAUAGAAGAUGCAUGGCAAGUUUUCAGCAACAUGUUUGAACAUGAUCUUAUCUCAUGGAAUGCAAUGAUUACUGGUUAUUCCCAGCAUGGGCAUGGCAUCGAAUCCCUAAGGCUAUUUGAACAAAUGUUACUUAAGGGCAUGAGGCCAGAUGCUGUGACCUUUAUUGGUGUUCUCACUGCUUGUAGCCAUGCAGGUCUAGUGGACGAAGGAAGCCGAUAUUUUCAUUCUAUGAGUCAUGAGCAUCACAUUAUGCCAAGGAUGGACCAUUGUGCCUGCAUGAUUGAUCUGUUUGGUCGUGCUGGCCGUCUAGAAGAGGCAGAGGACUAUAUUAAUAAAAUGCCGUUUGAACCUGAUAUAAGUAUCUGGAUGACAUUGUUAAGUGCUUGUAGACUUCAUGGCAAUUUGGUGAUUGGAAAGCGUGUUGCAGAAUUGCUUUUUACUUUAGAGCCUCAAAAUACUUCAUCAUAUGUGCUGCUGUCAAACAUCUAUUCUGCAGCUGGAAGGUGGAAUGAUGCAGCCAAGGUGAGAAAAAUGAUGAAAGAUAGAGAAGUAAGAAAGAAGCCAGGGUGUAGCUGGAUCGAAGUCAAGAACAGAGUGCAUGCAUUCAGGUCAGAGGAUAGUUCACACCCACAAUCAGCGGAAAUUUAUGCAGUCCUGAAGACAUUAGCUGGACAGAUGGAGGAUGCAGGGUAUGUUCCAAACACAAGCUUUGUGCUCCAUGAUAUGAAGGAGGAGCUCAAAAAACAAGUUCUGUAUCACCACAGUGAGAAGCUAGCCAUUGCUUAUGGACUUAUGAGCACUCCUUCAGGGCACACUAUCCGUAUUAUAAAGAACCUCCGUGUAUGUGGUGACUGUCACACUGCUGCUAAGUUCAUCUCUAAAAUAGUUGGACGUGAUAUUGUGAUAAGGGAUGUCAUUCGGUUCCACCAUUUCAAGGAUGGGGUGUGUUCUUGCGGGGAUUAUUGGUAGGAGAAGCUGUAAUUGAAAGCAUUUUCUUGGAAGCAGGAGUAGUGUUCUGUGAAUGCUUUUGAUUUGAAGUGAAGUGGCUCUGACAUUGUGGAAUGAGGAGAUAUAUCUACACGAUAACAACUCUCAUAUUGGCGUCAUAUGUAAGGAAAGCAUACGCAUUGGAAUGCUCACGUUUCAUCUAGCCUCUUAUGGAAAGCUUCUUAUUUCGUGGUGGGUUCACCUUGGACUCACCAUAGAACUUCUGCACCCUACAACAUAUCUACUCCUGGAAACUGUUAAGAUUUCCUUUUGGAAGGAGUAACAGCAACAUCAUUCGGAAAUGUACAAAGACUAGUGCUGAGAUUCUCUACAAGGGACAGAUUCAGGUUCAAGACAGCAAGGUUGCAUUUGAAGUUGCUUAUCUGCAGGAGCUGUUAGACCACCAGGGUAACACACCAUGCACUGUUGCCUGGGUUCCUCCUGACUCCACCUCCCCUUGAGGGUGUUGGCAAAGAUGUCAUCACUCAUCCCAGCGGGAUCGGGAAAACAGUGGAGAUCGUGGUUGUCAAUCUUGUGGUUCUAUGCCUUAGAAUUCCAAGGACUCUGCUACUCGUGGAGGAUGGCCUUAACCUUCUCAUGUGACAUCUCCAAGGCAGGAUUUUGGCUGGCUGGACAUUUGCAAAUUCCCUCAUCUGUCGUUCACCAUCUCUCUGGUUUGCACUCAGCAGCCUCCCAAGGAGAAUGAAGAAAAUGGCACCGCUCUCAUUGGUUGGGAGCCACUUGAAGAUGCCACCCCUGGUGAUGUUUGGAGGAAGCAUGAUGAUUGGACCUUCCUCCUCCACGUGGCAUUGUUGUGGCUGCUUGGUUAUGUUUUUUUGGAUUUGACCUCUUUGUAUAGAUCCUUAUAUUAAACUUGUGGGUGCUCCAUGUGGCAUAGCCGUGGGAUAACUUUAAGAAAUCCCCUCUCAGAAAAUUGUAUUAAA